CAGUUAAUACAAGAAGUAUUCGACCUUGAAGAGUUAGCAACCAGAGGAAAUGUCGAGAUUCUACCGCGGUUGACCAACUUAACCUUGAGUGACUUACCAAGUUUGGGAUGCAUAUGGAACAAGAAUCCAAGAAGAACAUUAUGUUUCCGAAACUUAAGGGCGCUGAAGGUGCAUGAUUGUGAGAACUUGAGAUUUCUCUUUUCUUCUUCCAUGGCUAAAGCACUCAGGAAUAUAAAAGAAAUAGAAAUAGCAACUUGUAAACUGAUGGAGGAAAUUAUGGAUAUGCAAGAAGAAGAAUCAAAGAAAGCUACAACCACCAAUGUUGUAGAGUUCCCUCUAUUAACCUCUCUAUCUCUUGAGGAAUUGCCAAAUCUCAGGACAUUCUUUUCUGGAAAGUAUUGUGUUCGCUGUCCGUCCUUAACAAAACUGAGGAUAUCUGGAUGCUCCAAAAUGAUGACAUUCUUUUCAUCCGAAGAACAGCAACAGUCGAUGACAGCUAAUACAAAUUUACAACAAACAUGUGGUCUUAUCAAUUCUAGCUUGUCCUUGCCGGCCUUCUUCAAUCAAAAUGUUUUCUUUCCAAGCUUGGAGGAGUUGACGCUUUUGUCCUUGUGCGGGUUGAGGAGGAUAUGGAACAACGAUCUUCCUAAAGAAUCAUUCAGCAAACUAGCAUCCAUAACGGUCAGAGAUUGUGAAAACUUGUCUCAUAUUUUUCCAUCAACUUUAAUAGAGAGGUUCAAGAGCCUGAAAUUGAUUGAGGUGUUCAAGUGUGCCUCUUUGGAAGCAUUAGUGGAACAUGUUGUUGUCGAUCCUAAGAGAAGGCAAAAAGGUCUGGUUCUCUUAGUAAAAGAAGUGAAGUUGUGGCACCUGCCGAGGCUGAAUAAGCUUGUGACAAGCAGUACCAAAGCCAUGUUGAGUCUUCCUAGUCUGACUAAUGUUAGCUUGCACACUUGCCACGGUUUGAGAUAUCUCUUCACAAAUGACACAACCAGGACACUUGAAAAACUUGAGAUGCUAGAUCUUUCUGGUUGCGAUAACAUGCAGGAAGUAGUUGCCAUGGAAGAAGGUGAAGAGCAGAAGUCGAAGGUAGUGAAGUUCUCUCAUUUACGUACAUUAAAGCUCCGUUGCCUUAAGAGCUUGAUUAGUUUCAACUCAGGAAGUUGUGCAUAUGAGUUUCCCUCCUUGAAAGAGUUUACUAUUGAAGGGUGUGAAACUGUGGAGGUCAUUGUAGGAGAUGCCAGGUGUAAAAGACUAAAGGACAGAGUUCCAACGCAGCAACCGCUUUUGCUGGUUGAAAAGGUUGAGUUUCCUAAUAUGGAGUCGAUGACGAUUUCACACAUGAAUAACGUGGAGAAGAUAUGGCUAGAUGAGCUUGCUUCAAAUGCUUUUAGCAAACUCAAGACACUGACAGUGGAAUUCCCACAGGUCAUUCCACACUUGGAGCUACUGACAUUAACGAAGGAGGAUGUUGUCAUGAUGCCACAGUAUUACACCUUUGACUACCUCAGAAAGCUGGAUUUGGCAUGCUACCAUGAUGAAAAUGAUGCUUUUCCCUCCAACUUCCUUCUCCAGAGAUUGCCCAAUCUAAAAGAGCUUGUUGUGGGCUGUAGUUCUUUCGAGGAGAUAUUUCCAGAAGAUGUGCUUGGACAUGGGGAAGUGACUUCUUGUGGAGGACUAACUAACAUGGAAAAACCUCUCAAGGCACUUAGAUAUUUGAAGCAACUCAACCUAAAUAAGCUAAGUAACUUGAGACGUGUAUGGAAACAUGGCUCCUUGAUGGCUGAAAUCCUUAAACAGAUUGAAGUUAUGCAUGUUCACGAGUGCCAUAGUUUAUCCAUCAUAUUUCCAUCUCCAUGUUCAUUUAGGAGCUUAAGACAUUUGCAUGUGGAGGAUUGUGCUGGCUUAGUUCAUACGGGGACAGUGACAAGUCUAGUGCACCUUACUGAGCUCAUCCUAAGAAAUUGUGGUGCAAUGGAAGACGUGAUAACAAAUGAUGGAAUUGGAGUAGAGGAGAUCUCUUUCUACAAGCUGCAAAACUUGACACUUGAUGAUUUACCAAGCCUUGAGAGUUUCUCGCUGAUGGAUUGUGCCUUUAGGUUCCCAUCAUUAGAGUGGAUUGUUGUGAAGCAGUGCCCCAAGAUGUAUAUAUUCUGCAAGGGUGCCUUGAGGACACAAAAACUAGGUAAAGUACUCCUCUCCGAUGAAGAUGAUGAAGGGCGUUGGGAGGGCGACCUUAAUACCACCAUCCAAACCAUCUGCACCGAAUCUAAUAAAUCAGUUGCUGGAAACCAAUAA